AUGUCUGCUUUAUCAUCAGAAAUUAAUAAUACAUUGAUAGAGAUCAUUCAAGGUUUUGCUUCACCAAAUAACGAAAUUCGUUCUGCAGCCGAAACUAGAUUGAAUCAGGAUUGGAUUACAGCAACAAACAUUGAAGUAUUACUGAUCUUUUUGGCUGAACAGGCUGCAUUUUCUCAAGAUCUUACAACUGCUGCCAUAUCUGCAGUCCUAUUUAGAAAAUUAGCCUUAAGAGCACCACCUUCUUCUAAGACUGUUAUCAUCGCAAAGAAUAUCACCCAUAUUAGUGAGAAUGCAUUAACCCAAAUAAGGGCUACUUUAUUGAAGGGGUUUAUGUCUGAGAGACCAAAGGAUAUAAGGCAUAAGUUGUCAGAUGCUAUUGCAGAAUGUGCUCAAGAUGAAUUGCCAGAAUGGAGCGAAUUAUUACAAGCCUUAGUUGAAUUUCUAAAAAAUACAGAGCCAUUCUUCAGAGAAUCUAGUUUUAGAAUCUUAGCAUCAGUUCCACAUUUGAUCAAUUCUGUCCCUGUUGAAAACAUUAUUCCAAUUUUUGAGUCCGGUUUCACUGAUGCUAAUGAUGAGGUGAAAAUCUCUGCCGUCACUGCUUUUGUUGGUUAUUUUAAGAUAUUACCAAAGAAACACUGGUCUAAGAUUGGUGUUCUAUUACCAAGUUUAUUAAACAGUCUACCAAAAUUCUUAGAUGAUAACAAAGAUGAUGCCUUAGCUUCAGUAUUCGAAUCAUUAAUCGAAUUAGCAGAGUUGGCUCCAAAAUUAUUUAAAGAUAUGUUUGAUCAAAUAAUCCAAUUCUCAGAUAUCGUGAUUAAGAACACCGAUCUCGAGACACAUGCAAGAACUACAGCUUUAGAACUUCUUACAGUAUUUAGUGAAAAUGCUCCACAUAUGUGUAAGUCAAACGUUAAUUACGCACAAUCCAUUGUCACCAAUACGCUCCUGAUGAUGACUGAAGUCUCUAUCGAUGAUGACGAGGCCGCUGAAUGGCGUGAAGCAGAUGACACCGAAGAUGAUGAAGAAGUUACCUAUGAUCAUGCUCGUCAAGCUCUAGAUCGUGUCUCUCUGAAGUUGGGCGGAGAAUUUUUAGCACCAACUCUUUUCCAAUAUUUACAACAAAUGGUCGGUUCUUCCCAAUGGAGAGAACGUUUUGGUGCCAUGAUGGCAUUAUCAUCUGCAGCAGAAGGUUGUCAAGAUGUUUUAAUUGCUGAAAUUCCAAAGGUACUAGAUAUGAUUAUUCCUUUGAUUUCUGACCCACAUCCAAGAGUUCAAUACGGUUGUUGUAAUGCAUUAGGUCAAAUUUCAACAGAUUUCAGCCCGUUAAUCCAAAGAACUGCCCAUGACAGAAUCUUACCAGCGUUAAUAUCUAGGUUGACCUCUUCUUCAAUAGAUAGAGUUCAAACCCACGCAGCUGCUGCCUUAGUUAACUUCUCAGAGCAAGCUGAUCAAAGUAUUUUAGAACCUUAUUUGGAUAGUCUGUUGAACAAUUUAUUGAUUCUGUUGCAAAGUAACAAACUCUAUGUUCAAGAACAGGCCCUAACUACCAUUGCAUUUAUUGCGGAGGCUGCUAAGACUAAAUUCAUCAAAUACUACGAUACAUUGAUGCCGUUACUAUUAAAUGUCCUAAAGACAGAUAACAGCGAUGAUAAUGGUGUCUUGAAGGGAAAAUGUAUUGAAUGUGCAACAUUAAUUGCUGCUGCCGUCGGUAAACAGAAGUUUUCUGAACAUUCUCAAGAAUUGAUCGGUCUAUUGUUAACUCACCAAAAUAGUUUAUUAGAUGAGGAUGAUUCCAUUAGAUCAUACCUGGAACAUGGUUGGGGUAGAAUUUGUCGUAUAUUAGGCGAUGAUUUUGUUCCAUUACUACCAAUUGUUCUCCCACCACUAUUAGAAACCGCCAAAGCUACUCAAGAUGUCAGUUUGAUCGAAGAAGAGGAAGCAGCCGAUUUCCAAAAAUACGCUGACUGGGAUGUGGUUCAAAUUCAAGGUAAACAUAUUGCUAUUCAUACUUCGAUUUUGGAUGACAAAGUUUCAGCAAUGGAAUUAUUGCAAUUAUAUGCAAGUAUUCUAAAAACUAAAUUUGCUAAUUAUGUUAAGGAUGUUUUAACCGAAAUUGCGAUUCCAUCCAUUGACUUCUACUUGCAUGAUGGUGUUCGUGCCACAGGUGCAACAUUGAUCCCUGUACUCCUUUCAUCUAUUGUUGGUGCCGUUGGAUUACAAAAUGAGGAAGUUAUGCAACUGUGGAAUGUUGCAUCUGCUAAACUAAUUGGUGGUAUUUCAACAGAACCUAUGUUAGAAAUUACUCAAGCAUACCAUAGUGCAUUAGUAGAUAGUAUUGCCAUUAUGCAAUAUACUAAAUUGGCACCAGAACUUCCUGGCCUAUAUGCAAAAGGUGUUCAAAACAAUCUUUCCGACAUAUACGAGAGAGUCAAACAACGUCACAGUGAAGCUGACGAAUAUAAUGAAGAUGUUGACGAUGAGUUUGAUGUAUUCUCUGAUGAAGAUUUGUUAGACGAAAUCAACAAGUCAUUGGCAGCUGUAAUGAAGUCUUCGAGUGAAGAAUUCUUACCUCAACUACAAUCUCUAUGGCCAUUGGUCCAUACUUACCUAAACGAAACGGAAGUUAUACUUGUACUAUUUGCCUUAGUUGCACUUGGUGAUAUAAUUCAAUAUUAUGGUGAAUUGACUGCUUCAUUUAAGGAUUCGUUUAUCUCGAAGGUUCUAACGUAUUUAGUUUCUCCGGAUCCCCAAAUUCGCCAAGGUGCAGCAUACGUCAUAGGAACCUGUAGUCAAUAUGCUCCAAAUACAUAUGGUGAUAUAUGCAUAUCUGCCUUAAACACAUUGAUUCAAGUAAUCCAAAUUCCUGAUGCUAAAGACGAAGAUAACCAAACUGCAACCGAGAACAGCAGCUCUUCUAUCGCAAAACUAUUAUAUGCAUUUAACACGAAUAUUCCUAACGUGGAUACCUAUAUUUCCAGUUGGUUUAAGUCACUACCUACAAUAUCGGAUGAGGAAGCCGCUGCCUUUAACUAUAUAUACUUGGGUCAUCUAAUAGAUUCCAAGAAUGCUGUAAUCUGUGAACAUUCUAAUAUCCCAAAUAUUGUUGAAGUCGUAGUCCAAGCGCUACAUCAUAAAUCAAUCACUGGUAAGAACGCAGAAACCAUUACAAACUCAGUGAAACAAUUAUUAGGUACACUGCCACCAAAUGAGGCCAUGGGAAUGCUACAAAGGUAUCCAGCUGAAUACAUGCCUACGAUUCAAACUUGGUUUUCGUAA